AUGUCGUCUUCAGGCACGCCAGACUUACCUGUACCACUCACCAAUUUGACAUAUAAAUAUACUAAGAUUUUCAUAAACAACGAGUGGCAUAAUUCAGUGAGUGGCAAGAAAUUUCCUGUCUUUAAUCCUGCAACCGAAGAGAAACUCUGUGAAGUAGAAGAAGGAGAUAAGGAGGAUAUUGACAAAGCAGUGAAGGCCGCAAGACAGGCUUUUCAGAUCGGCUCUCCAUGGCGCACCAUGAAUGCUUCAGAGAGAGGGCGGCUAAUAUACAAGUUGGCUGACUUAAUUGAAAGAGAUCGUCUUCUCCUGGCAACAAUGGAGUCAAUGAAUGGUGGAAAACUAUUCUCCAACGCAUAUCAGAUGGAUUUAGGGGGUUGCAUAACGACAUUACGCUACUGUGCAGGGUGGGCUGACAAGAUCCAGGGUCGCACGAUACCCAUCGAUGGAAACUUUUUUACUUAUACAAGACAUGAGCCUAUUGGUGUAUGUGGCCAAAUCAUUCCUUGGAAUUUCCCGUUGGUCAUGCUCAUUUGGAAGAUAGGGCCUGCCCUUAGCUGCGGAAAUACAGUGGUUGUCAAACCUGCAGAGCAAACUCCUCUCACUGCUCUUCACGUGGCAUCUUUAAUACAAGAGGCAGGUUUCCCUCCAGGAGUAGUGAACAUUGUGCCUGGUUAUGGACCUACCGCAGGGGCGGCCAUUUCUUCCCACAUGGACAUAGACAAAGUGGCCUUCACAGGAUCUACAGAGGUUGGCAAAAUGAUCAAAGAAGCUGCCGGGAAAAGCAAUCUGAAGAGGGUGACGCUGGAGCUUGGUGGAAAGAGCCCCUGCAUUGUGUUUGCCGACGCCGACUUGGAUAAUGCCAUUGAAUUUUCCCACCAUGGAUUAUUCUACCACCAAGGCCAGUGUUGCAUAGCUGCAUCCAGACUCUUUGUGGAAGAAUCAAUUUAUGAUGAGUUUGUUCGAAGGAGUGUUGAACGGGCUAAAAAAUACGUUCUUGGAAAUCCUCUGACCCCAGGAGUCAGUCAAGGCCCUCAAAUUGACAAGGAACAAUAUGAAAAAAUACUUGACCUCAUUGAGAGUGGGAAGAAAGAAGGGGCCAAACUGGAAUGCGGUGGAGGCCCCUGGGGGAAUAAAGGCUACUUCAUCCAGCCCACAGUUUUCUCUAAUGUUACAGACGAGAUGCGCAUCGCCAAAGAGGAGAUAUUUGGACCAGUGCAGCAAAUCAUGAAAUUUAAAUCUUUAGAUGAAGUGAUCAAGAGAGCAAACAAUACCAUUUAUGGCUUAUCAGCAGGGAUCUUUACCAAAGAUGUGGAUAAAGCCAUAACAGUCUCCUCCGCUCUGCAGGCUGGGACAGUGUGGGUGAAUUGCUAUAGCGUGGUAUCUGCCCAGUGCCCCUUUGGUGGUUUCAAGAUGUCUGGAAAUGGAAGAGAACUGGGAGAAUAUGGUCUCCACGAAUACACAGAGGUCAAGACGGUCACAAUGAAAAUUUCUCAGAAGAACUCAUAA